UUUCAAUUUGAAUUUUUGCAUUGUGUUCGGUCUUCUUACUUGACUUUAGUUCGUUUGCGACCGUUAUUACGUUUACACACAGUGACGCCAGGCGGAUAUAACAAUCGGCUCUCGUGUUUUGAGAAGAUUUUUCACAUACAAAAAAGUUUUGUUUGUUUCUUGUAAUUCUGUAUAGAAGAGUUUAUCAACAACCAAACAGCCAAGAAGGCGAAAAAAGUCUCGUUUUUAACGUAGUCUACUUACAACAAAGUGAUUUGUAAAGAAAUAAAAAAAAGAAGAAACAAAGAAUUAAGAAAAGUGCAAAUAAUAACAAAAGCUGAAAACAAAUUUUAAAGUAAGAAAAAGAAGAAGAAAAAAUUCAAUAAAAUCAAACUUGGCAGAAAAGAGGGUGUUUGUCUUGCUUGGUUUCUUCUCUUCUUACCCUUCGGCCGAUUUAAUUAAGAAAAGCAGUCGGUGUGUUGUUAAAGCAAAACAAAAAAGGAAGCUUGAUUCGGAAAGGAAAUACAAAAGAAAACAAAAAGAAAUUAGAGAUUCUGGCAAAUCAAAGAAACAAAUAAGCAACAACACCAAAAAAAAAGCGAAAGGAAACAUUGUCUGUGUCGCCAUAGUCAGCGUCAUUUGCUUUUGAUAGUACCAAGCCUUAGGCUAUAAUUUUGAAAUAAAAAAAAAAUAAUUGUAAAGAAAAAGUUUUUAAUUAAAUCCAGCAAAAAUCACAAAAUCUAAAUCUAUAAAAAUUUUAACUUUGUCAAAAAAAAGAAAAAAUCAAAGCCACUUUCAAUAUCGCUGUUGCUGUAUGGCCAUAUCAUAACAAUCCACAUGCCAAAUCAAUCCUGUUCGCUGAAACCAUAAAAAAGGUGUUAAAGUUGUGUGGAAAAAAUCUGUAAAAAUUUAUAAAAAAAAAAAUUAAAUAUCAAUCAACGGUCUUUUAUCAUCUCAUUUUCGACUAAAGAAGACCCGCCACUUACUGUGCAAACAUAAGAAAACCAAUCCAUGCUAUAACAACAAAAAUUGUUUUGUAUAUAUUCCAGCGUUAUAGGGGCUAUAUGUGCUCUCGAGUUUGUUUUUGGAAGAAAUAAAAUUCAUCACGUUUAAUAACCAAACGAGUUAAAGUUAAAUCUGUUGUUCUCUUCUGCUGGUUCUGUAGACCAAAAAGUCAAAUAACAAAAUAACCCAAAACAACAACUACAACAAGAAAAUAAAAAUCAACAUCAACAACAACAUCAUCAUCAUCAUCAACGUAAAAAACAUUAUCGUCAAACCAAAACAACCCACUGCCCGCGUUUCCAUUGAAAAGAGGUAUUACAAAAGUUUUAAAAAAGCAACAUAAAACAACAACAACAACAACGACCAUACAAAUUGUAGGAACAUAAUUAUAAGUGCUGCUCAACUUUAAACCAAGAGCCAGAAAGAGAGAGGGAGAGAGAUAAAGUUCAAAGGAAACACAUCGACAUCAACAUCACACACACACACACACCAUAACAACAUCAACAACAAAACAGAAUCCCCCAAGAUUUGCCUUUUUUAUGCCGCUUAUCUUGGUCCUCUCGUCUCUCCAUUAAAUGUUCAACGUUCUAUGUUUGUGUUCAAUUUAAGUGUUUCAAAUGAAUUAAAGCAAAAAAUUUAAAGAAAAAGCUAAAAAGUUGCGAGCAACCUCAAAAAAGAAGAAAAAUUAAGGAGAAAAAUAUAAAAAAAAUUAAAGCCGCUACCAAUGAAGCCAAGCCUAUAAAAUCAUAUUCAAGUGUCUAAAGUGAAAGAAAUUUUUUCUUAAAAAAAUUGGUUUUUCCCAACCAUCCAUAGGCUUUAAAAUAAGUGAGUGCAACGAGUCUAUCGUUAAAUUAAGAAAAAUUUUUGCCGCUGCAAGUGUUUCCAGAGAAUCGCACCACAAUUUUCACGAAUAUGCUAUUCGAAAAUCCCGCUGUAGCUGCCAAGCUACCGUUCCCGUAUAAUGUGCCACCGCCGUUGCAGGCAGCCGCUGCGGCAGCAGCUGUUCCAAAUUUAAGGUUUCAGACACCAAUAAAAGCCUUCGCCUGCCUAACAACACCAAGUAAUCCCAUUGAUAAUGCUGCCGCUGCUGCUGCCGCCGCCGCAGCUGGUCUCAUAGAUCCUCAUCACAAUCGGGAAUUGCACAAUGCUCUGGUGGCCUCGAUAAAUGGCAAUGUUGCUGCAGCCGUUAAUGGUUCCCUGACAACAUCGGCUGUUUUAAAAAGUGCCUCCGUUGCUGCCCAACAACAUCAGCAGCAGCAACAACAACAGCAGCAGCAGCAACAACACCAUCAACAACAACAGCAGCAGGCAAACAACAAUACGGUAUCGCAACAGCAACAACAACAGAAUCAGAAUACAAACCCAAAUUCCAAUACCAAUUGCACACAACAACAACAGCAGCAACAACAAGGAACACAGACCCAACAGCAAUCCGCCAUGGUUGUUAACAAUGCCAACCAACAAACAGGCAAUGUGGUCGUUAAUGGUGGCGGCGGUGCUUCCAACGAUGGCAUGGCUGUGGUCAAAUACACAUCAUCGGGUCGUUCGACUCCCAGCAAUAGCAUGAAUGGUUCAGCUGGCUCCGAUCCUGCACCGGGCAAACUCUUUGUUGGCGGUUUGAGCUGGCAGACAUCGGCCGAGAAGCUUAAGGAGUAUUUCAAUAUGUUUGGUACUGUAACAGAUGUGCUCAUUAUGAAGGAUCCUGUCACACAGCGUAGUCGCGGUUUUGGCUUUAUAACAUUCCAAGAACCUUGCAGCGUAGACAAGGUUCUUAAAGUUCCCAUACACACUUUGGAUGGCAAAAAGAUUGAUCCCAAACAUGCCACACCCAAGAAUCGGCCACGUCAAUCGAAUAAAACUAAAAAGAUUUUUGUGGGCGGUGUCUCCCAGGACACCUCGGCCGAUGAGGUCAAAGCCUAUUUCAAUCAAUUUGGCACUGUGGAGGAGACUGUUAUGCUAAUGGAUCAACAGACCAAACGUCAUCGUGGUUUUGGCUUUGUCACCUUCGAAAAUGAAGAUGUCGUGGAUCGUGUGUGUGAGAUUCAUUUUCAUACUAUUAAAAACAAAAAGGUCGAAUGUAAAAAGGCCCAACCCAAAGAAGCUGUCACCCCAGCCGCUCAACUCUUGCAGAAGCGCAUUAUGUUGGGCACCCUGGGUGUACCGAUACCCACAGCACCGGGUCAGUUAUUAAGUGCCCGCACCGCUGCCGGCGUUCAGGCCAUGAAUCAAUUUGCUAUACUACCCUCACCAGCCCAAUUACAGUUACAUGCCGCUUCAGGUGCGGCAGCAUCAGCAGCGGCUGCCCAACAGGCCGCCUUAAUAUCACAAAAUCCCUUCCAAGUACAAAAUGCAGCCGCUGCUGUGGCAGCAAAUCAAAGCAGCUUUGGUAAAUUGUUAUCGACAUAUCCUCAAGCAGCAUUACACAGUGUGCGUUAUUCUCCCUAUCCCAUACCCGCCACAGCAGCCGCCGCUAGUGCUUUGGCUCAGGCUCAACAACAACACCAUCAUCAGCAACAACAGGCUGUGGCUGCUCAUCAACACCAACAACAACAAAAUGCAGCUGCUGCCGCUGCUCAACAACAUUCGGCUGCAACAAAUUCAGCUGCAGUAGCGGCAGCCACACAGGCACACAAUGUUGCCCUGCAUGCUGCUGCCGCCGGUAACCAAUCUGCCAGUGCUGGUCACGGAGCUACUGCGGUAACAAAUCCACUAGCAGCUGCCGCUGCCCAACAAGCAGCUUUGGUGGCAUCGAAUCCCCUGAAUGCGGCAACAAAUCCAUAUCAGAGUUAUGCCUUAGCAAAUGUUGAUAUGUCAAGUUUCCAAGGUGUUGACUGGAGUUCAGUGUAUGGUAUGGGCAUGUAUGUGUAAGAAUUUUAAAUCUUAACAACGAAAUCGCAUAUGUGGGGCAACUAUUUUCCAAAAAAAAAAUUAUUUCUUCUAUAAAUCCCCCACACAUACAAACAAACAAACAUAUUGUAAACAUAUUUCUUCUUCCUUUUGAAAAAACAAUACUCUUAAAAAUGUUAUUGAGAAUCCAAAAAGAGAGGGAGACGGCUGAUUACUACCCUAAAAUUCUUUGUAAAGAAGUUGUUAAAAUUUUUGUUGUAAUUUGACUGGCUCCCUCUACGCUCUACUCAACUUUGCUAUAUAAUUUCUGCUCCCUUUUAAUUUAAAUACAAUAUAGAAAUGAACUUGAAGAAAGGAAAGAAAUGAGCAAAUAAUUUGUAAAUUAUUAACUCCCAUUUUACAUUUAAAUUUACAUUUAGUUUGUUUAGAUUUUAAGGUAAUGCCUAAGCAUUUUAGUUUUUAAUUUUCAUUAAAACAUUAGUCGCCCCCUUUCACCCAAACAAAUUUUCCCCACAACAUCCCCAACAAAAACGAAACACUAUUAUGUAUGAGAAAACAACAAAAAGGAACUCGAAUUGUUUUAUGUAUAAAUAAGAAAAAUGAAGUAAUAUGAAAAAAGCAAAACAAACGAAAAAAGACAAUGAUUGAAAAACAAAGAAAAAAAUUAGUUAUUUAAAGAGAAAAACCAACAAAUAUAUAUAUAAUUCAAGCAUGUUAGCGGGGAAGCUGAAUUACCUUCCCCUAAAAACAGCAAAACAACAAAAAACAAAAACAAUUAAUAAAAUUAAGUAAACCAAACCCUGAAUUCAAUUAAUUUUUUAAGUCUCUAUUGAAUUACUAAAACAAAAACUAAAAGAAAAAACAAUAAAAAAAGUUCAACAUAAAAUAUAAAACAUAAUUUUUAACUAAUAUUAAACCAACACAAGUAAAAAACCAUAAACAACAACAAAACAUCGUAAAAUGAUUACAAAAAUACAUUAAAACAUAACAAAAAAAAAAUCUUCUAAACCACCGAUUGUGAUUGCGUUUAAUUUAAAACAUGAAAACCAUGCUGUUUCGAGAAUUUUCGAAAUUGAACUUAACUACCAUACCAUAUAUAAAAACAAAUUUAAAAUUCUUUAUGCCCUUGAAAAACUAUUGGAAUACAAAUUCUUUUGAAAGCAAGUUUAAUUUCCAAUUUUUUGUUGAAGAUUUUUAUUUUUUCGAAAAAAUAUUAAAAAUACUUGGCACACAUAUUUUACAUUUUCUCCUAUCUCUCUCUUUUUUUUUUUGAUGUUGGUAAUUGUGUGCGAAUGUCAAACAAAUUUUGUCAAAAAAAUUGCCCUUGAAAAUACCAAAGAAAAAAAUUUUGUUUUCAUUUGAAUUCUCUAUUAAAAAAAAAAUCAAAAAAAAAAUUAAUAAAAAAUUUUACAAAAUUUUUAUAACAAUUUUGUAUGCUAUUUGGUGGAGAAAAUCAGGGAAAUGUAUAAGAAGAACAUAACUUCUAAAGUGUACUUCUUUGAAAAAUUUUUGUAAAGCAGCGCUUUCUUAUUUUUAUUUAUGUAGUGUAUUUU